AUGGCGCCGCCGCCGCCGCCACCGCCUCCGCCGCCGACGAGGCCACGCAGGGCAGCGAAGUGGAGGAGGACCCCUCAUCCCAGCAACUCGUCGUUUACGUACGCCGUGGCGCCUUCGGUGCCCCAGUACGACCACGACACCUUCGAGAAGAACCUUGCCCACGCUGGAUGGACCGAGCAAGAGACCGACUACCUCAUCAACACGUACUCCGAAUGCAAUGGCAAAUGGCCAGUCGUUGCCGACCGAUACGACUACCCCGACUCAGACCGUUCCAUGGAAGAUCUCAAGACGCGGUUCUACGCUGUCCAAGCGACACUCCUCCAACUCUCCACACCGAUCACAUCAAUGACGGCAUCAGAAUACCAUCGAUACGAAACACUCACCAACUUCAACGCUGCACAAGAGACCUCGCGAAAGAAACUGGCAGAAGGACACCUCUACCGACGCGCAAAUGAAGUCGACGAAGAGACGGUACUGCUGGGCGAGUUGCAGCGCAUCAUGCUCAACCAAGCCACCCUCGACAGCCAACGCGAAGAGCUACGGCAUCGACUUGACAACCCAUCGCCAUCAACGAAUGGCUACUCAUACAACACAUCACAAGCGCUCACCGGCCUGUGGCAGCAACUGCUGACCCAGGAUCGGAUGAAGAAGAACCCACGAUUGCGCCCAACGAGCAACCAAGCCGUUGAUGGCAUGUCAACAAUGACACCAACCUCUGCCGCUCCUCGAGAAACACCUCGUCGACCUCAUUCGCUUGCCUCUGCCACCACCCUCCCUGUCGACCUCCCCAAAGCAGACCAAAUGCGCUACGGCGUGGUCCUGCAAGAGAGAUUACCCACAGGUGUCACCUUCACCUCAGACAAGCUCACCAAACCUCGAAUCGCCAAGUCAAGCAUCCAGACGGAGAAGAUUGCGGCAAUACUACAACACAUUGGCGUCCCAGAGGUGAUCCCGCUCCCUACACCGGCGGUGAUCGAGCAAUUCGAGUCAAUCAUGCAAGUCGUGAUGACCAUCUUGGACCUCAGAAAGCUUGGGGAGAAGGAAGAACAUGAGCUGAGAGUCCUUGCCGCCGGACAGUAG